GAGUUUGUGAGAAGAACUGAGGGUCUAAAGCCUUUGAUAACACUGGCCUCCUCCUCAGGUACCAUUUUCCUGCAUCAGGAGCUCUCUCCCUGGAAAAGAUGCUUUAGUAAUUUACACCUUGUGAGCAGAGUUGUGUGUAGGAGGGUUACCUUCCCCACAGGCAUGUCCCAUCACCUGCCUGCAUCAGAACCAUGUGUGACCAGCAGCAGAUUCAGUGUUGCAUGUCACUCCCCCAGUGCUGUGUGAAGGGCUCCUCCUAUCCCUCCCAGAAUCCCAGUGCCAGGAGCCAGGUUGUGGUCCAAGCACCUUGUGAGAUGCAAAUUGUGGAGUGCCCCGCACCAUGCCCAUUUCAAGUUUCCCAGGUAAAAUGCCAGGCUCCAUGCCAGUCCCAGACCACACAGGUGAAGUGUCAGGCUCCAUGCCAGUCUAAGACCACCCAAGUGAAGGGCCAGGCUUCCAGCCAGUCCCAGACCACCCAAGUGAAGAGCCAGGCUUCAAGCCAGUCUCAAAUUUCCUGUGUUCAAAGCCAGGCUCCAUGCCAGCCUCAGGUUUCCUAUGUGCAUUGUGAAGCCCCAUGCCCUUUUCAGACCUGCUAUAUGGAAUGUGCUCCAGUUUAUUAUACAGAAACUUGUUAUGUGGAAUGCCCAGUCCAGACUUACAUACCCUGUCCAGCUCCUCAGCCUGUCCAGACUUACGUGGCUUCUCCCCCAGUUUCCCAGACUCAGGGAAGAUUCUCCACUCAGUGCCAAUAUCAGGGCUCCUCCAACAGAUGCUCCCCGCAGCGUCAGUCCCAGGCUUCCUACAGCACCUGUGCCCCGCAGUUCCGAUCUGGGGCUUACUACGGCGACUGCGCCCCCCAGCGCCAGUCCCGGGCUGCAUUUAGCACUUGCGCACCCCAGUGCCAGGCCACUGGCUCUUACCGGAGCUUCACUGCACAGCGUCGCUCGCGGAGCUCCACCAGAUGCCUCCCUGCUCGCCAGCUGCAGCCUUCCUACCGCAGCUGCUCCCCACCACGACGGUCUGCGCCCUACUACAGCGGCUGCCUGUCAUCAGCGUGCUCUUCGGGCUCCUGUAACUACUGCACCCCUCCGCGCCGCUCGGAGCCCAUCUAUAGCAGUGGCUGUCCUCGGGCUCGCACUUCAGGCUGCUCUCAGAGAUGUGGUCCCAAGUGCCGGAUAGAGAUUUCUUCCCCCUGCUGCCCCAAGCAGGUCCCCCCGCAAAAGUGUCCUGUUCAGAUUCCUCCCAUCAGACGCUGCUCUGAGAGUUGUGCCCCACGACCCUCCUGGGGUGCCCUCUGCCCGGAGCUGAGGCCACGUGCAGAGUCACGUCCACUCCCAAGCUUCUGUCCACCGCGGCGUCGGGACCAAAGUCCAGAGCCGCCGCUGCAUCGAUGCCCACACCCUGCCCCUUGUCCAUGCCCACGUCCUGCUCCGCGGCUGUAUCCUCGCCCAGAGCCAAGCUCGAGGUCAGGGCCUCGUCCGUGUCCUCCACCGCGGCGACUCUCUGAACCCUGUCUGUGUCCAGAGCCACGUCCAGCCCCACGUCGUUUCCCAGCGCAGCGUGAAUUUCCCGAAUGGCGUCCGUGUCUACAGCCCUAUGAGCAUCCAGAACCUCAUUCACUCCCGGAGCCAAUUCCCCUUCCAGCGCCGUGCCCGAGCCCGGAGCCCUGUGUGGAGCCCCCGUGCGAUCCCAGCCCGUGCUCAGGCCCCAAUCCAAUCCCAUGUCCGGGGGACCUGGGCUGUCAUGAGUCCAGCCCAUGCCGCCUGGACACCGAGGCUCCAAGCUGCGACCCAGCUGCUUAUAACCAGUGGCAAGGAAGUGGUGACAGCUGUGGACCCUGUGAUACGAUUCCAGAGCCACAGGGUGUCAGUGAUUGUGGAGACCAAGGAGGCCCCUAUGUUGGAGUAAAAGGAGGUCCUUCUGCUGGAGCAAAGGGUGCUUAUUUUUAAAGAAGCAUGGCUGAGACAUCCCUGCUUUCUGCCCUGAAAAUGUCAGACCUCGAUUUCCAACAUGUCCCUAUGUGCCUCUCUCCAAAGGCAGUUGGAGGCUCCCUGCUGCAGAGGUGAUGUUGGAACUCCACUGCCUGCCAUCUCAGGAUCCACACCUGGGUGCCAGGCACCUUUCCAGCCUCACAUCUGGAUCUUCCCCUAUAAGAACCCUCAGUUCUAGCUAGACCAGCCUGGCCGCCAGGGCCACAGGAUGUUCCUGCCUCCAAGUCUCUGCUCACCUCCACACCAUCCCCCUGCCCCCCGCCUUACAGGGACCACUUCUCUGCUAUGCCCAGCCUCUGAAAUCCAGACCAUCUUUCAAGACCUUUUCUUUGGAGUCUUUUCUGUUUUUUCCUACUCACAGUAACCUGCACUGACUUCCUAGAACUCAUUGCAUUGUCCACACCAACCAUUUGGCAACUGUCUGCAACAUCUCUUGAAUUAUUUACCUUUCCCUGCCCAACUAGGUUGUAAACUCCCAUUAAAAUGGAGUGAGAAUAUCCCUAAAGUCCCGUGCUCCUCCUUUGGCAGGAAGCUGCUCAGCCAAAUGUGUGGGUUGGCAGCCUGAGCCAUGAUCUAUCCUGAUAGGCAGACCCAGGAUUGAGGACAGAAGGAGGCCAUGUGACAAUAAAGACGAUACUCUCAUAGCCUGA